AUGGACGAUCAUUAUCGAAAAUCGGCUGGUUUGCUGGAGUGUCAUCAAAGUCCUCCUAGUGAAUCCUCAAGCGCCGCAUUUUAUGGGAAGCACCUUUUAAACGAUAUAUUGCUUGAUAUUAGUAUUGAAGACCCACGCGAAAACCUCACUGAAUCGCAAGACGGGAGGAGACAGAGCCCAAGGCUCAAUAAUAAUUUAAACAAAAGGCGAAUAACCAGUACUGAUGCUUAUACAGGUCGUCCCCCUACACCUACGGUAAGGGAGCAAAACUCCAAGGCGCUGGAGCAAGCCCUCGAAAAGUUCAAAUUAGAGGUGACAGACACAUUGAGAGAGUGUCUACCCGACCCAGCCAAGCCAGUGCUGAGUGAUAAUGAUUUAAAGUCGGUCGAUAUUAAUAGAGUAAUGGACGAACACAUACCAAAGACGUUCGGCGACCGACUUAAUAUCACGGAAAACUUCAUUAGCACCGCCAAACGUCUCCCCACAAACUCCUUCAAACAACAAGCGUAA